UUCAGGCUCGGCGUCUGUAAGGUGGCUCCCACGCGGGGUCAACAUGAGGAUCAAGAAGUGUUAUUUCUGUUCGGGGCCGAUCUACCCUGGCCACGGCAUGAUGUUCGUCCGCAACGACUGCAAGGUGUUUCGAUUCUGUAAGUCCAAGUGUCAUAAGAACUUCAAGAAGAAGCGGAACCCACGCAAGGUCAGGUGGACUAAGGCCUUCCGGAAAGCAGCUGGCAAAGAGCUCACGGUGGACAACUCAUUUGGAUUUGAAAAACGUAGGAAUGAACCUGUGAAAUACCAGCGAGAGCUAUGGAAUAAAACCAUUGAUGCAAUGAAGAGAGUUGAAGAGAUCAAACAGAAAUGCCAGGCUAAAUUCAUAAUGAACAGGUUGAAGAAAAACAAAGAGCUGCAGAAGGUCCAAGACGUCAGAGAGGUCAAGCAGAACAUCCAUCUCAUCCGGGCUCCUCUUGCAGGCAAAGGAAAGCAACUGGAGGAAAAAAUGGUCCAGCAGUUACAGAAGGAUGUGAACAUGGAGGAUGCUGCCUAACGGUGCUGCCUGCAACCAGCCCCGUGGACACUGGAAAUGAGUGGAGACUGUCGGCCC